AGGCGGGGUGACGUGGGGUUGACGAGCUCCGCGGCGGGUUUGCUAACUGUGGCCGGCGGCAGCUGGUUACGAGGGGCGGCCGAGUGCGAUAGGUGGAGCGGGGUGGUGUGUGGCCGGGGCCAUGUCGGGCAAUGCCGGGGAGUGGUGCCUCAUGGAAAGCGACCCCGGGGUCUUCACCGAGCUCAUUAAAGGAUUCGGUUGCCGAGGUGCCCAAGUAGAAGAAAUAUGGAGUUUAGAACCUGAGAAUUUUGAAAAAUUAAAGCCAGUUCAUGGGUUAAUUUUUCUUUUCAAAUGGCAGCCAGGAGAAGAACCAGCAGGCUCAGUGGUUCAGGACUCCAGACUUGACACAAUAUUUUUUGCCAAGCAGGUAAUUAACAAUGCCUGUGCUACUCAAGCCAUUGUAAGUGUGCUAUUGAACUGUACCCAUCAAGAUGUCCAUUUAGGAGAGACGUUGUCAGAAUUUAAAGAAUUUUCGCAAAGUUUUGAUGCAGCUAUGAAAGGUUUGGCAUUGAGCAAUUCAGAUGUGAUUCGACAAGUGCACAACAGUUUUGCCAGACAACAAAUGUUUGAAUUUGAUGCAAAGACAUCAGCCAAAGAAGAAGAUGCUUUUCACUUUGUCAGUUAUGUUCCUGUUAAUGGAAGAUUAUAUGAAUUGGAUGGAUUGAGAGAAGGACCGAUUGAUUUAGGUGCAUGCAAUCAAGAUGACUGGAUUAGUGCAGUAAGGCCAGUCAUAGAAAAAAGGAUACAAAAGUACAGUGAAGGUGAAAUUCGAUUUAACUUAAUGGCCAUUGUGUCUGACAGAAAAAUGAUAUAUGAACAGAAGAUAGCAGAAUUACAAAGACAACUUGCAGAGGAGGAACCCAUGGAUACAGAUCAGGGUAAUAAUAUGUUAAGUGCUAUUCAGUCAGAAGUUGCCAAAAAUCAGAUGCUUAUUGAAGAAGAGGUACAAAAAUUAAAAAGAUACAAGAUUGAAAAUAUCAGAAGGAAACAUAAUUAUCUGCCUUUCAUUAUGGAAUUGUUAAAGACUUUAGCGGAACACCAGCAGUUAAUACCACUUGUAGAAAAGGCAAAAGAAAAACAGAAUGCAAAAAAAGCUCAGGAAACCAAAUGAGGAGGAUGCUUUGGGAUAUGUACACAACUCUACAUCUAAACUUACUCUCACGGAAACCAUUAAGUCUAAGGAACUUUGAGCAGUGUCCUAAUUGACUCCUGCACGUUUGGCAAAAGUACCAGUCUAUCUUGUCUGUAAUGCAUGGAUCCAUAAACUUUAUCCCCACCUGCAUCAUGUGCAUGUAGUGCAUAUUAAAUAAAAGUGAUACUAAGAGUGCUUGCCCAAAUUCAGUUAUUUGACAUUGGAGCUGAGAACUCUUGUUGGUACUCUGGAUAUGUAACUAUAGUCAUGAACCUUGGAAAUGCACAAAUGAUAUUCUCUAAUUAUUGUCCUAAUUGAUCUUUUGAUUUUUUUAGCUUCCAGUUUAUAAAUAUCAAUUCUAAAUUAAGUUGAAUCUUCUGUUUCUUAUCAUUAAUGGAAAAUCAAUAUUUCUGUCUUUGCUAUGUUUUGAGGCUCUAAAACUGAAUUUAUCUUACUGAUUGUUUGAUUUUUAUGCAGAUCAUUUGAAAAGAAUGCAGGUACAGUUUUUAGUGAUUUUCACUGAUUCAAAUAGAAAAGGUAAUAAAUAUUCCAGUUGUAUUUUAGCAAACUUUCUUGAAGUGUUUGGAGUUAAUUGUAUAAUUGUAUCUAGAAAAGUCUAGAUAUUAUAUUUCAAAAGAAAAUUUUAGGUUAAGAACAAAUUGUGAAUCUUAAAGAGUUUUGGCUUUACUCUCCAUGGGCAACCUUUAUUCAUGCUGUUGAACUGUAUCUUUAUUGAAAAUUGUAAGUUUGACCGUUCAGUUUAUCUGCUUUUUAAAAAAAUGCAGUGGUAGUAGAGAACUGUCUAUGCUAAUUUGAAUAAAAUUAGUAGAGCCUACAGUUUCUAAGAGUCAUGUACAAUUUGCUCAUAACAGAUUAUAUUUUUUCCCUUUUGGGAGUUACUCUGGUUUUUAUUUUGUAAAUUAAUAUUGUACUGUAUUCUUGUUUUUAAGCUUCUUUUCUAAGUUAAACUUCAAAGGAAAUUUUAUAAAACUUCUUUUUAUAAAGGAACUAGUCUACGUUUUUCUUUACCAAGCACAUUUUUAAAGUUGAUAUAUGACCUUUUUAACAUCUUAUUAUUUAUUGUAAAAUAAAUUCAUAAUUUAUUUCAUAAAGUAGAAUGUGUACCCAUCUUCCAGCUUUAACACAUGACUUCUUUAGGAUUUCUUUUUAAAGCUUACUAAUUGUGAUUUUAUUAAAUGAUUUAGAACCAAUAUGAGGAAACCUGGGAGAAAAUCUAGAAGAAAAAUUAAUGAAAUAGUUUUUGUAUGUAAUUCCAGUUGAAGGUAAUAAAGAAGUAUACAUAGUUUUUCAGUUAUUUGUGGGUCAACAUAUUUUGGUCUUGAUACAGUAGUAAUUAUGGAGUGUUGCAAAGCUGUCAUACAAUUUUCAAAAUUUAUCUUAGGCUCAUUUUGAUCUCAUUCAUUUAAUUUCUAUUUUAUUAAGGCUUAAAUAAAGCAAUAAAAUAACAAUAACAAACUAUUGUAGAAAAUAGUAUCUAGUAAUCAAAUCAGUGGAAUAGGAGAGAGGACCUGAAAACAGAUAUUUAUUUUUCUGAUCACUUGACUUUUAACAGAGGUGACAAAACAAUCGAACAGGGAAGGAAAAUCUUUUCAAGAACUGGAGCCAGGAUAAUGUAGCUGAAUAUUCACAUUGGGAAAAAUGAACCAUGAUGCCACUACCUCACCAAAAUGAAUUUGAGUUGGAUCAUAGACCAAAAUGCAAUAGCUACAAAGUAUAAAGCUUUUUUUUGUAGGAAACAUAGGUGCAUAUCUUUGUGAUACGUGGGCAGCCAAAGGUUUCUUAGCUCACAGAAAGCAAUACCCCUUUAAAAGAUCCAAAAUUUAAGUCCAUCAAAAUUAAAAACUCCUCAUAGAGAGAUACUGUUAAUAAGAGUAACUAGUAUGCAAUGACAUUUAUAAAGUAGCUUUAUAAAACUAGGUUAAUAGAUGUGAGGGUUUUUUCUUGUCCAAUUCUGAUAAAGUUUCUUGAUAGGAAUUUCUAUAGUUUUAAGAAUGAUUUAUUUUGUCUGCUUCUUUAAUCAUUAUAAAUGCAUUGUGACACUUCAUGGUUAUUUCUGCUUGUGAAUAAAGAAGUAUGACUUGUC